AACAACCCCGGAAAAAUUGAUACAUCACCUAAAAUCCAUCUGUGAUCAAUAUGAAUACAGUGUUGAACAAAUUACCUCAAAACAUGAGUCGUACAAAUCAUUUAAAAUUGGUAUCCCCACAACAGUAUUUGACAAGUUCAGUGAAUCGUCUGUAUGGCCACUUAACACCAGAAUAUCCAAAUGGCAGCCCUUUCUACGACCUAGGGCAAACAAGGCCCCCAGUCAAUAAAGCGCCUGACAUGACAACAAACGCUCAGAUAAGUGUGAUGCACCAAAACAUAAACCGUCUCCAGAAUAAAACCUACAGACUUGAGUGCGAACUUCAAUUACGUGAUCCAGCUGUAGAUGUUCUAUGCCUGACCGAGCACUGGCUCGAGGACAAUCAAAUAUCAUCUGUAAACAUACAAAACUACAGUUUACGUGCCCAGUACUGCAGGACAUCGCGACAAGGAGGAGGUACUUGUAUCUACGCCAAAACUGACCUGGUAACAAUGGAGAGGAAGGAAAUAUCUGCACUAUCCGUGGAAAUGAACAUCGAACUAUGUGCCAUCGAGUGUAUCGGUGCAGAUCUUAUCAUAGUGUGCAUAUACAGACCUCCUAACGGUGAUGUACAAUUAUAUUUAUCAAAACUAUCCGAAUUAUUGAGUAUGCAUGCAAUCAAAAAUUAUAAUGUGUUACUAAUUGGUGAUAUAAAUAUCGACUUAAUGGUGAAAUGUAAUCUUAAUAAAAACCUGAAUAAUACUAUUACCCAAUUUGGAUUCAGACAGUUAAUCAAAAUACCUACCAGAAUAAAUAAUCUAUCUAGCACAUGUAUUGAUCACGCAUUUACAAAUAUAUCGAUGUGUAAUAUUCAAAAUGUGUUUUCUGAUGAAUUAAACCUAUCUGACCACUUAAGCAUUAAUGUUACCGUUAAAAUACUCAAACAAGGAUUAUCAAAUAAGCAUAUUUUGAAGAGAAAUUUUACGAAUUCUAGUAUAUAUAACUUUGUAAAUAACCUUGAACUAUAUAACUGGAAUCACAUUUGUGAUAAAUGUAUAUGUCCUAGCAAAAAAAUAGAACUAGUUAUUAACGUAUUAAAACAUUACUUUAAUAUUUGUUUCCCGCUCAGGAAAACGUUGAUAAAAAACAACAGUUGUGCUUGGGUUACUGACACGAUUCGACAAUUACGAUUUAACAUUCGUAAACUCAAACAAAAUAUAUCACGCGACCCUCACGAUAGCGAAUCACGUUCAAAAUUAUUAAAAAACGAAACAUUAUAUUGGAACUCUUUAAGAGACUCACGUAGCAACUACUUAAAUAAUCAAAUAGAAAACUCAAAUACUGAUAUGUGUCGCAGCAUAUGGCGUGUGAUUGCAUCCGAAACGUGUAAAAACCGAAAUAACAAAAAUAGUGCAAUAAACGUUCUUAUCUCUAAGUCAGCUGGCGAUUCCAAUGACGCGCGGGCCGCCGAUGCCGCUCGCCGGCUAAACCGGUAUUAUAUAAAUGCUAACAAAAACAACGUUAAACCGUGCGCUCGUACUGCACUCGAGUAUUUAGACAAGUACUUACCCUCACUAAUACCUACUUUUAAAUUUGAACCCUACUCCCUUAGCGACAUCAUGCAGGCAUUGAAAAAGAUCAAGAGGAAACAAUCACAAGAUAUAAACGAUAUGUCCACCUAUCUACUUGAUUAUCUACCACCAGUGGUUAUAUCUAUCCUUCUUGUCUUAUUCAAUGAAUGUAUAUAUAACGGUACAUACCCCGACGCUCUGAAAUUAAUUAAAAUACAACCUAUCUAUAAAGGCAAAGGCGACAUGGAACAGGAAAAAGUUAUCGGCCUAUUUCCCUAA